AUGUUCUUCACUCAGCGCUUCUUGUCAAUUCUCGCUCUCGUUGGAAUGGCCAAUGCUUUCAGUGGAGAUGCAACCUAUUACGCUCCGGGAUUGGGUGCCUGUGGCAGGAACAAUCAAGCCAGCGAUCAUGUCGUCGCGCUUUCAGUCGCGCAGUACGGCAAUGGCGAAAAUUGCUUCAAGUCAAUUGGCGUGAAUUACCAAGGAAAGUACGUGGAAGCCACAGUUGUCGACAAAUGCGAAGGCUGUGGUCCGAAUGACAUUGAUCUUUCUCCAUCCGCGUUCACUGUACUCGCUUCCGAGGAUGUGGGUCGCAUUCAAGUGACCUGGGAUUACUUAUAG